AGCAAUAGGAAGGAGAAUAUUGGAAGUGCAGAGUGGUCAACAGAGAGCGGCUAAAAAGAAAGAUGAAAGAAGGAAGGCGUACUAAAUAAGAAACUGACUCUUCCAUUCUAAUUAUUUGUUUAGUCCUUUGGUUUCACCAUUCUACCACUCUCUUAUUUCCCCAUCUCAUUAUUAUAUUCUCUUCCAUCCAUCACAUAUUCAUUUCACCCACAAGCUAAAACUAAAACUACCUGAACAACAACUUCAUCAUUUCAUUCCACCUCUUAUUCUUUCUCUUUUUUCUUGCCGUUUCAACUUCAGGAAAGUUCAAAUGAUUGGAAUGGAAAAAGAAGAAGAUGUUCCUAGAGCUGUUGAUACUGCUGCUAAUGGUAAUUCUUCACUGUCCUCUGUCAUACAUUCACCAAAAGGUGAUAACAAUGGUAGCCAAAGCCAACUUCAAAGGCUUCAGUAUCAAGUUACAAAAUUGUUUAAGGGCUUUUCAAGUCCACCUGAUGUUGAAAACACAAAUUACAAUCCUGAAAUUCUGACUACUUUGAAGCGUCAAUGGGCUGCAAAUUUUCAGUUGAAGUACAUGGACCGUAGGUCUUGGAAGGAGCCCUCACGACUGUUUGAGAGCAUGGUAGUUGUUGGACUUCACCCUAAUUGUGAUAUUCAGGCACUGCAUAGGCAAUUUGUUGAUAGAAAAUUUGAAGGAUCUCGUAAAUUGAGAAGUGCACUUGGUUGUCAGAAUCAAUCUCCCAAUAUAGAACCUCAGGUCUUGUUUGUUUAUCCUCCAGAAAAGCGACUGCCUCUGAAAACCAAGGACCUUCUUUCUUUCUGCUUUCCUGGAGGCUUGGAGGUUCAAGCAGUUGAGAGAACCCCUUCCAUGAGUGAAUUGAAUGAGAUUUUUUUUGGGCAGGGACACCUUAAAGAAAUGGAUCUGUCAUUUGUAUUUAGAUUACAGGGAGCUGACAAUUCAACACUUUAUGGGUGUUGUGUUUUAGUUGAAGAACUAGUGCAUAAUCCAUCUGGAUUGGUGUCUCUGAUUUCUGAGCAACCAUCUUGCUCUUCUUUAAGACGCUAUAUAUUAACCACUCAGAGAUGUUACUGCGUUCUUACAAGGCUUCCAUUUUUUGAACUUCACUUUGGUGUAUUAAAUAGCAUCUUCACUCAAGAGAGGCUAGAGAAGUUGAAGAAAAGUGUUGGAGAUGUAAAUUUAGAAUUUGCUCAAGGUAGCUAUGAUGAAGAAAACUCAGAGGGAAAUUCAGAGAGUGUGUUGGUGGGCGAUGGAAUAAUAGAAGAUAGAUUUCAUGAAAAUUCAUUAAUUUCUCAAUCAAGAGUAAGAACAUCUACAUCUGAAAACAUUGUUGGUGAUGAUCAUCCGGAGAACCUAAUGCUUGGUGGAGAACUGCAGUCAUAUAAGGAGAGAACCAAUCAUGAUAGUGUCGUGCUUGUGCCUACUGAGCAUGAAACUGAUAGGACCACAACCAAAGAAGAAUCCUGCCCUACAAUUUCUGAAGAUAAUGAUCAAUAUGGAGAUUCUUUUGCAACCAAUAAAGAAUCAGAAGAUAGGCGUUCACCCAAUGCUAUUUUGCCCCUCCUGCGCUGUUGCCAGUAUGAAAGCUCUGAAUCGUCCUGCAGUUUACAAGGCUCACCUUGUGAAGACAAAAAUUUCAAGAGCGACAUUGAGGAUAAUGAGACGGAAGAUGCAUCUUUUUCUGGCCGAGAGGAUUUGCAAGACUUGAGUGAUAUUCUUGAAUGGGCUUUGGAAAAUGACCACGGACCACUACAAAUUAUAUGCGCAUAUUACCGACUAAGUUGUCCUGACCGGGGUUCAGCACUUACAUUUCAUCCUUUGGAGCACCUACAUCCCUUGGAAUAUCAUAGACCAGCUGGGACAGUCCUAUGUCAUACUGGUUCAACAGUUGAUUUGAAAAACUGCAGUACCGGUCUGGAGCUAACUGAUGCACAUAAUGCUCUUGUGGUGGAAGAGGCAACUUCGUUAUCUAUAUGGACUAUAGCUUGCUUAUGUGGUACCUUGAGACUUGAAAAUUUGUUAACAUUCUUUGCUGGAGUCCUGCUGGAGAAGCAAAUAGUUGUUGCCUGUUCUAAUUUGGGAAUCCUAUCUGCGUCAGUUUUAUCAGUUAUUCCGCUAAUCCAGCCUUACCGAUGGCAAAGCCUGCUAAUGCCAGUUUUACCAAAUGACAUGCUUGAGUUUUUAGAUGCACCUGUCCCUUAUAUAAUUGGUAUCAAGAAAGAGACCAGUGAAAUCCAGUCAAAGUUUACCAGUGUUAUUGUGGUUGAUGCCAACAGAAACCAGGUGAAGUCACCAACAAUACCACAAUUGCCAAGACAGAAGGAGCUAAUAUCUUCUUUACGCCCUUAUCAUGCAACUCUUGUAGGAGAAAGUUACUUGGGAAGGAGAAGGCCAGUGUAUGAAUGCACAGAAGUGCAGAUUGGAGCUGCAAAAGGUUUCCUUUCGGUGUUGAGGUCUUAUUUGGAUUCACUUUGCUAUAACAUCCCUUCUCACACAAUUACCAAUGUACAAACAAAUGACGAUAAGGUAUCUUUGCUUUUGAAGGAGAGUUUCAUCGGCUCGUUCCCGUAUACCGAGCGGCCUUUCAUGAAGCUUUUCGUGGAUACACAGCUUUUUUCUGUACACACAGACAUUGUCCUCUCAUCUUUACAAAAGGAAUAGGGAUGGCCAUGCAAAAUACUGGGAAUAUUAUGAAUUUGGAUUACAUGCACACACAUCUCGGAUCGGAUGGUCCAGAUUUUAAGAGAGAUUUUGAUUUUUUUUUCAAACAAAAUUACAAUCUUAAAAUAUGGAGAUUGGACUGCCAAGAUGGAGUGAAAGUGUAUUUAAUUUCCAUAAGCCGCCGGUGUAAAAAGUGUUGAAGUAUCACAACCAUUCAUUUGUAUGAUUUUUAAACUAAUGAUUAAUGUCAAAUAUUUUUAAUGAUUUUAUGGUUAUGGUUUA